AUGGCGGUUCAUUUUUCUGGGCACUUCCUUGUCUGUGUCUUGCCUCGAACCUCGCGAACCCCCCCCUCCCCGCCUUCCCCGUCCGACCCAAGAAAAGAAACAGGAGAUAUUCUGUCCGUCUUGUGUUCUUCUGCCCGUUAUUUGCUGUCUGUGUGUCAGCCUAGUCUCCUCUUUCCCCCCUCGGUCACCCCUUUUGGCCACAGUCGUCGCCCUCCUCUGACCAAGACCAAAGAAAGACUACAGAGUGUCUUGGCGACAUACGGAGUACUUCGGAUUUGGAGAGAGAGAGAAAGAGGGAGGGAGGGAGCGAAAGAGAGGAAAGGAGGGGGAAAGGACUGCGCAGCAGUCUGGUGUUGA